CACAAACCUUGGCUGGCUACUGCGAGCUUAUCCAGUAUCCGCACGUCAACAUCCAUGGCAUUGAGGCAGUGCAAUGUCCGCCAAUACUGCGGGGAUCUUGGCGGAUUCUUCCAGACAGGGCAGACUGGCGUGACUUGAUAAGUCGAGGACUCGAGUGCCGUGUGCUCAAGAUCGAUCACAAUCCUGCUGUGGAUUAGACCUUGAUCUAACACUCAUCGAUCUCGACAUUUUCCACCGACAGGUUCCCCCUUGUCGAGGUUCUAUCAACACCUUCUCGAAGCCUUCUACUUGAAUGGUUAUUAUCUCCAAUCCCCCCAAUGGCAGCGAUUCGACGCAGCUUGAGCCGUCUGAAUCCGUAGAGGAACCCCCUAUACGAGGGCACGCUACUGCAAUACCUACCAAGCCCGAAAACCAGCCUGACGAGAAAGCCCCCGGCCCCAAACUGAUUGCCAACACCGACAAUAAUCGAGACGUCUGUGCCCACGCCCACACCUUUGAUGCUGCAGUCGUUACCGAACGACUCGGUGUCGUCAAGGAAAAUGGCCUCAGCGACAAUGAAGCAUCAUCUCGCCUCGAGAAAUAUGGCCCGAACAAGAUUAAGGAUAGUGAACGGGUUUCCAUUUUCCAAAUUUUCUUGAGGCAGAUCUCCAACAGUUUGACUCUUGUCCUUCUCAUUACCAUGGUUCUAUCCUUCAGCCUAGAAGACCAUAUCGAAGGCUCUGUGAUUACCUUUGUCAUUGUCCUGAACAUAGUCGUUGGUUUCGUCCAAGACUAUCGCGCAGAAAAGACCAUUCUGUCACUCCAGGCUCUGUCAACUCCAGAAUGCAAGGUUGUCCGGAACAGUCAAAUCAAGGUCGUCAAGGCUGAGACUCUUGUUGUCGGGGAUAUUGUACAAUUGACUGCUGGCGGAGUGGUUCCAGCAGAUCUCCGACUGAUUGAGUCUAUCAAUUUGUCCACUGACGAGGCUUUGCUUACCGGUGAAUCUCUUCCGAUAUCCAAGUUCCACCAUUCGGCCUUCGACAGCAUUGAAAUGCCGAUAGGCGAUCGAACCAACAUGGUGUACUCGGCUUCCAUGGUGACCCGGGGAAGGGCUACAGGAGUUGUGGUGGCUACCGGCAUGUCGACCGAGGUUGGUAAGAUCGCGGCUUUGUUGCAAGACAAGAAAUACACAAAGACGGCAACUUCAUCCUUCAGAUAUUUCGUCGGACGACUUUGGGGCGGUGUCAAGCACGCCUUGGGUCUGGUCGGUAGCCCUCUCCAAGUCAAGCUCAGCAAAUUCGCUCUUCUCCUGUUUGGCCUUGCUAUCCUCCUGGCGAUUAUUGUGUUCUCGGCCAAUCUCUGGGAUGUUGAAGGAGAAGUCCUUAUCUAUGGUAUCUGUGUCGCAGUGGCCGUCAUCCCGGAAAGUUUGAUCGCCGUUUUGACACUCACCAUCGCAGUUGGUACCAAAGCCAUGGCAAAGAGCAACAUCGUCAUUCGCAAGUUGGCUUCAUUGGAGGCUGUUGGGGGUGUAACCAAUAUAUGCUCUGACAAAACUGGAACCCUUACUCAGGGCAAGAUGAUUGUCCGAAGAGCAUUGGUUCACCAAGGAGAAACCCUGAUAGUCCACGACACAACGAAUCCGUUUGAUCCUGGUAGUGGCCAUGUGGAGACUGAACUCGCCCCCAAAAGCCAGACUGUACUGGGUGGCCAAACUGCCUUGGAUCGAUUUCUCGACAUUAUCUCUCUCUGCAAUAUCUCAACCAUUCAGAACCUCGCUAGGUCUGAAUCUGGAGCAGGAAAUCAAGCCGUCACCGGCAGGGGCAACUGGACCGCAAUUGGGGAGCCCACCGAGAUCGCACUUCAUGUCUUUGCCAUGCGUUUCAACCAUGGCAAGUCAGAGGCAAUUGCUUUACGCAACCGUACCCUGGUCUCCGAGUUCGCGUUCGACUCUAGCAUCAAGAGAAUGUCCAUGGUCUACACCAGUGAUAGGGAUGGUGAAAUCGAUGUGUUCACCAAGGGAGCAACCGAAGCACUGUUGCCUAUCAUGACCUGCUCUGAGGAUGAGAAGACUCGUAUUGCCGAAGACGCAGAGCGAAUGGCUGGAGAAGGCCUCCGAGUGCUCUGUCUAGCGUCUAAGGUUGUACAGUCCGGUGACAAGAUGCAAUUUUCUGAGCGAAGCUCAGCCGAGUCAGACCUCACCUUUGCUGGAUUGAUUGGUCUUUACGAUCCUCCACGAGCCGAGACUGCUGAAGCUGUUCGCACUUGUCGUCAAGCUGGAAUCACGGUCCAUAUGCUCACUGGUGACCAUAUCCGAACGGCAACAGCUAUCGCGGCUGAAGUGGGCAUUGUUGAUGUUAGUUUGUUGAGUAUGCCUACUCAGUCGGGCCAACGAGAAAUCAUGCCCGCACAGGACUUUGAUCGGAUGUCUGAGGCUGAGCUAGACCGUCUGGAAAAGCUCCCCUUGGUCAUCGCCCGCUGCUCUCCCGCAACCAAGGUCAACAUGGUAAAAGCCUUACACCGACGAGGAGCCUUCUGUAUCAUGACUGGUGAUGGCAUCAAUGAUUCGCCAGCCCUGAAACUCGCCGAUAUUGGUAUCGCUAUGGGGCUGAACGGCAGUGAUGUCGCUAAACAAGCAGCCGACAUGGUUUUAGCUGAUGACAACUUCGCCUCCAUCGUGCGCGCCAUUCAAGAAGGCCGAAGAUUGUUUGACAAUAUUCAAAAGUUCUUACUUCACCUUCUGACCUCCAAUAUUGCGCAAGUUGUCCUGCUCAUGAUCGGUCUUUCGUUCAAGGAUGCCUCCAAUGUCUCGGUGUUUCCGCUUUCACCGAUUGAGAUCUUAUGGGCCAACUUGGUGACAUCGUCUCCACUGGCACUCGGUCUUGGUCUCGAGCCUGGAGUAGUCGACAUCAUGAACCGGCCCCCACGAUCGAUGCGAGUCGGGGUGUUCACCAAGCAACUGAUCCUGGAUAAGAUGGUGUAUGGAGUUACCAUGGGUUCAUUGUGCCUAGUGGCCUUUGUAUCUGUCGUCUACGGCACUGGCGGCGGCGAUCUCGGAUUGGAAUGCAACCAGGACUACAACGAAACUUGCGACGUGGUAUUCCGUGCCCGAGCCACCACCUUUGCCUUCCUCAGCUAUGCCCUCCUCGUCACAGCUUGGGAGGUUAAGGAUAUGAAUGCAUCUUUGUUCAACAUGUAUCUCGGAGGACGCCAACGUCCGGAUGGCCGCGCCGCGAAGAUCUUUUCAGUUUUCCCAACCAUCUACAAUAACAAGUUCUUGUUCUGGGCUUGUGUUUCCGGAUUUCUCCUGGUAUUCCCUUUGAUCUACAUCCCUUCGGUUAAUUCGAUUGUCUUCAAGCAUUCGGCCAUAACUUAUGAAUGGGGAAUCAUCUUUGGCUGUCUUCUGCUGUACAUUUUAACCAUUGAAGCCUGGAAAGCAUUUAAGAGGUGGGGUUUGCGCAAACACCGCUCGCAGGAAGGUUGGGACAAGGCUACUAUGGACUCCAAAGACAGCAGCUCGGUAUAAACGAUCUGGUCUCGACCACUGGUUUCAGUCCGGUGCCGGAAAUUGUGGGGGAGAUUGGGUCAAGUGGCUUAAGUAGUGUGUGAGCGGGGUGGAUGGUGGGGAGGCUAUAGGCAACAAGACGAGAUGCUGGCCUUUCGUUUAUUCCUGAGCAUCAAGGAACGGUUUCUUGAAAACUGGUAUUUGGCCAGGAGACGCUCUUUUUAUCAUCAGCGACGCGAUAUAUCGCAUUCAAUUCUUUUACUUUGAGAUCUCCACAACGAUUGAGACUCAAGUACCCAUUUUGUUCCUUACUCAGAGAGAAGUUUUCUCAUAGUGUUCAAGAAAAAUAAGAGAUUCAAUAUUGC